AUACAUAUAUUAGUGUUCAUAAUUUUUGCUUCAAAGUAGCAAUAACAUAAAGUACGAUUUAUAAUUAUUAGUAAUAUUAAUUUUUGCAUUGUUAUAUUUUAUUGAUUAUUGUAUUUUAUUUCGUCAUACGUGCACAUUUACAACGACAAACUGCGUAUUAAAUUAAUAAUACAAACAUAUUAUGCCUACUACACGUAAAAAAAUUAUUAAAACUGUUUAUAAAAAUGAAAACAGCGAAGAAGAAUCUGAUUGUUUUAGCGAUUCUGGAUCCGAAGCAAAAAUAUCAGACGUAGAAUCCAGUACGGAUGAAGAACUAAAGCAUGCUGUGUCUUCAGGCGAUGAGUUCAAAAAUGAGAAAACAAAAAAUAAUAAAGCAAAACCUGGAAAUAAACGUAAAAAGCCAAAACCGUUGCUCAAUAAAUUGAAAUCUGAAAUACCUGCUUGUAACAAAAAUGAAUAUACAGAUGGUUCAAGUUCUCAAUUUUCAAUUAAAGAUCUAACAGACGCUGAUAAGCUUUUACCGCCGGUACUUAAUUUAUCUGAAAGUGAUAGUAGUGAAGAUGAAUCGCCAGAAGAAAAGAAAUGUGUACAUACAACUAUCAAUGUACAGGAUCACAACAUGGAUUCUGAUGAUGAUAAUGAAUCUAAUAAUGAAUAUAAAGAUGUUUGGACAAAGAAUAUCCAAAAUGAAAGUGAAGAAAUUGCAAAGAGGAAAUUCUUUGAAUUGGAACAACAUAAAACAAAGUUAGAAGAAACUAAAUCUUCUAUUAAGAAGUAUUCCGCUAAAGUAGAGAAGGAAAAUGAAGAAUCAAAUGUAAAGGACUUGUUAGCUUUAGGUGAAGAAGUCUUACCACUGUCUACAGCAAUAAAACAGAAAGCUAAAUCAAAAAGAGCCAGAAAGGACAGUGAUUCUGAUAUGGAAGAAUGGGAAGAGGUUAAAGAAGGUACAGUAAUACCUCAGCAAGGUUUACAACUUAUUGUUGAUUUUCCUGAAGCUCUUUGUAGAAAAACAAAAAAAUUAGAUGUAGAAAUGAUGAUGAAACGUAAAAUGAACAGAGUAAAAAAAGAAUAUCAGAUAUACAUGCACAAGGUACAUGUUCUGUGCUGGUUAGGUCAUGGAAAUUAUGUUAGUCGUAUUUUAAAUGACAUGGAUGUACUAGGAGCUGCAUUGAAAAUGGUUCCAGCUAAAGAAUGCUACCCAGGAGAACGAGUAGACAUGAAGUACUUAGAACAAAUAACAACUUGGUAUAAAGAUAAGUUAUUAUUAAAACAAGAUAAAAAUGAAAGUAAAUUUAGACCUAAAGCACCACCACUUAAAGAUAUAUUGUUGGGACAAAUCAAAAGUAGGGCUGCUACUACAAAAAAAUAUAUAGUAUUUAUAUUUGUGUCAAUGUUAAGAGCACUUGGAUUACAAUGUCGUAUAAUGUUUAAUUUUGUUACAUUACCAAUUAGACCACCAAGUUCAGAAUUGUGUUCUCUAUCUACAAAACUAACAAAUCGAAAUACAGCUGAUAAAUCUGAUGCUAGUAAAUCUAGCUGUAACAAAAAAAAUGAAAACAAAUCUAACAAAGGAAAAUCUAGUAAAAUAUCACAACUUGAUGGUAAUGAUGAUAACAUAUUUUGUCAUAAUUUUAAUUAUAAGAAUAUCUAUCAAUUAGACGGAAGUGAUGAUACUCUUACUGUUACAACUAGAAAAACUAGAUCUAAAGCUAAGAGUACAGUCAAUGAUGAUGAUAUUAGUAGAGGAGAUGUAUCUCCAUCAAAAAUAUCAAGAAAGAAUCCAAGCCCUAAGCCAAAAAAAAUUUCCCCCAAAACGAAAGAUAACUUAAAUAAGCAGACCACUGCUUUGAAUAAAUCAGUUAAAAGUGGCAUAGGUGAAUUAUCGCCAAAAAAAUCUACAAUUAAUGGUAACCAAUCAGUUAACAAAAGUACUAGUAAUAAUUCAACGUCUCGUAGAAGAGUAGUCAAUAAAAAUAGUACACAUAAAAAGGCAUCCUUAUCAGUGAAUAAUACAGCUACACCUAAAGAACCAGCAAUUGUUAUUACACAUGAAACUGAGAAUGUAUCAAGUGAAUAUUUUGAUAAUAAAAACUUAAAGCAUAGUAACAAUCUAAAGAAUCCUAGAAAAAGAUCCCAAACCACUAACCCUAGUUUGCAAAAAUAUGCGGAAACGAAGAGUACAGUUAAUGUCAUUAAAACCAAAAAAAGAACAAAAAGUGCUCCAAAUGGAACAGAAACAAGUAAAUAUUUUAGUGAUAGUGAUCACAAAGAUCAAAUUAAAAAACGAAAAGUAAAAUUAAGCUUAAAAGCUGAAGACAGAAUAUUGGAAGACAAAAGACGUGUGAGUCACAGAGAUAUUGUCAAAUCUAAAACUAAUUCUUCCGUGAAUAAUGUAUCUGGCGAUUUGGUAAAGAUUAUUAAAGGUCGGGUCAAAGAGGCCAAAGAGGAUACAAAACGGCGUAUUGUUCAAGGUAAAGUUAAAAAAGAUUCCGAAUCAGAUAGUGAUUUCUUACCAGAAGAGAAUUAUAAACGGGAAUCUGUAAGUGAUGAAGAUUUCAAAACCUCUAAAAUUAGUCCGAAACCAAGUACGAGUCGUAAAUCAAGCACAGGUCGUAAAAUAGAUCGUCGUGUAGUAUCGUCUGAUGAUGAAACAUCACAUAAAAAAGUUGAUGUAUGGUGUGAAGUAUUUGUUGAGGAACUUGAGCAGUGGGUUGGUGUUGAUGUUAUUACAGGAAAAAUUCAUUGUACUGAUUAUAUUUAUGGUCGGGCUACUCAUCCUGUAUGCUAUGUUGUUGGUUGGGAUAACAACAAUUAUCUAAAGGAUGUGACCCGUCGCUACGUGCCACACUGGAAUACAAUUACAAGAAAACAGCGUGCAGAGCUAGGUUGGUGGAACAAAGCAAUAAAGCCUUGGUUAGGUCCUAAAACUGCCAGGGAUAGAGAGGAAGACCAAGCCUUGGAUAGAAUGCAAUUGGAAGCUCCAUUGCCUAAAAGUGUUGCAGAAUACAAAAAUCACCCAUUAUACGCUUUAAAACGUCAUUUAUUGAAAUUCGAAGCUAUAUAUCCACCGGACGCAGCGACGCUAGGCUUCGUGCGACAAGAACCGGUGUAUGCCAGAGAAUGUGUUUAUGUUUGCCAUUCUCGAGAUACAUGGCUGAAAGAGGCGAAGGUGGUGCGUUUGGGUGAAAAGCCAUACAAAGUGGUUAAAGCAAGACCCAAAUGGGAUAGGCUUUCCAACAAAAUAAUAACUGACAGACCCCUUGAAAUAUUUGGACCAUGGCAAGUGAAAGAUUAUGAGCCUCCGGUAGCAGAGAAUGGAAUAGUUCCUCGUAAUGCAUAUGGAAAUGUUGAACUGUUUAAAGAUUGCAUGCUUCCGAAAGGAACAGUCCAUAUCAAAUUGCCAGGCCUGAACAAAGUGGCCAGGAAAUUAAAUAUAGACUGUGCACUUGCAAUGACCGGGUUUGAUUUCAAUGGAGGCUGGACACACCCCGUUUUUGAUGGGUUUGUUGUGUGCAAGGAAUACGAGGAAAUUAUUACGGAAGCUUGGAUCAAGGAUCAAGAAGAACAACAUCGCAGAGAAAUAGAAAAAACAGAGGCUAGAGUUUACGGUAAUUGGAAACGACUUAUAAAAGGAUUACUAAUACGAGAACGCCUCAAGUACAAAUAUGGAUUUCAAGAGCCAAGUACCAGUUCGAAGCCAGACAAUAAGAAAGGAAAAGGGCCUAGACUUGUUGUUAAGAAAAAGCCAUAAAUCUUAUAUAUUAUUGAUGUCUAUUCCAUUUAUAAUCAAGGAAUGAAUAAUCAGUGAGAACAGUGAAUUACCAUUGCAGCAUGUUU